CCUAUAAAGAAAAGUUUGUUAAAUUAAAAUAGUCAUAAUAUUUACAUUAUUUACCCCAGUUAUUCAAAACACUGUUAAAUUGAAAAUAUUAAAAGACAUAAUAAAAGGAAAUUUAACCAAGGAACAUAUCUUAUAAACUAACUUUCACUGGCUAUCAAAAAAAUGCUAUAAUUAAAAAGAUGUAAAUAAGUAGAAUACAACAGUUAUUAGAUGCAGAAAAUGUUUAAAAUAUGGAUCCGUGUUUCGUGGAUGUUACACUAGAAUUUCUAGCAGUAGCCUUUCACAGCAUACUGUUCUACACACGAAUAUACCAUGAAAAUAUAUUUGAAAUGCGAAGGAAAUACAACUUUGUGGUUUACCACUGUUUUCAUCCAGAAGUAAAUAGAUACAUCGAUAUGUGUCUCAAAAGCAUUGCUGAAUGUCUCAAAUCAGAUACAAUGCAACGAAUUGAAUUUGCGACAACCGACGAAGAAUACAAGCCCUUGAUAAAAUUCGUAUUUGAUUUUGAAAAGAACUUCACAUUUGAUGACACUUCAGAUGCAUAUUUGAUUAAUUGUGAACAAAAUUUGCGUGCUUUUUGUUUAAAACUGUCCUCUAUGGUACAUAGGUUUGUUAAUUUGCCUGAGAAUAAAAGUUUCACAAUUUUCAUACACACUAAUGAGUCGACUGUAGUGAAUAUUUCAACAAACCCAGAUUUAGAAGAAUUUCCACUAGUGGAAGUAGACUUCAAACAGAAGGAAGCUGAAACUAUAAUACCGAUAAGAAGGUUAACAAUAAGAAAUCACAACAUUGAUACCUAUAUAGAAUUUAUAUGACCUAAAUUUUGUAGUAUUAAACAAAUCACUGUUUUAUUUUAUAUAUUUUUUUUAAGUGUUUAUAAAUAGAACUUUAAAUAUUCACUGGAUACUAAUGAUCAAUUUGAAUUAAUAUAAAUGUCCCUUGUAAACCUAUAUCAUAAUGAUGGACUAAAAUAUUUCUUUUAUUUAAAAAAAAGAUUGUAACCCAUUUAAAACAAAUUAUUUUAUAUUGUGUAAUGGCACAUUGUAUGUUAAAUAUUUACUGACUACUCAGCACUAAAUAGAUACUGGUGCCCAUUACAAACUGAAGGUUGCCCAGUUGAGACUUAAGGUCCAAGACUCAAUUGUUUUGUAAAGGGUUUUUUAUUAAGUUGUCGUGGCCUAAAAGAUAAGACGUCCGGUGCGUUCGUGUUGAGCACUGCACUGGUGUUCGAAUCCCGCUAGCGGGUACC